AUGACAACACUCAACUUGUCGUCGAAUGGGCCCUCCAUAUCCAAGAGUUAUCAAACUGUGGUCAACUCGUCUCUUCCAGCAAGUUCUCCGACAUAUAGCCAGUGGGCCGUAUUUUCAGUCUCUACUCCCCUUAUCAACGCCUUCCAGCCAGAUGCGGGCAACAAAGAGAGUGUUCUAAAAGUUCAGAACUCUGGAGAGGGUGAAUUGGUGGACCUCAUCGAUGAGUUUUCCGAGGGCAAGAUCCAGUUCGCCUUUGCUAAGGUGACAGAUCCCAAUACGGGACUACCCAAGAACGUGCUUAUUGCAUGGUGUGGGGAGGGGGUCCCCGAGAGAACUAAAGGCUACUUCACAAGUCACCUCUCUGCAGUCUCAAAAUUUCUACAUGGCUAUCAUGUCCAGAUAACGGCGCGCUCGGAUGCCGAUUUGACCGUCGAAGGAAUCGUUAAGAAAGUCAGCGAUGCGUCGGGUGCCAAAUACACCUCGGAGAAUGAUCAAUCAAUCUCUACCACUCCGAAACCACCGGUAUCCACCAAGCCUGUCUUCACACCGUCUCGAUCAGGUGGCACUGCCCUGAACAAGACACCAGCUGUCCCACUGCGUGGUCUGACAGACAGGAUAAACUCAGAUGAUGGUUGGGGCCCUGAUGCACCUCCGGUCACACGAACGCAACUCGAAAAGGUUCAACCAGCCUAUAAGCCCACCAAAGUUAAUAUGGACGAGCUUAAAUCAGAGAAAGAAGCUACUAGCGGAGGCGCCGGCCCCGCUACUGCCAACUCUAGCAACGUUGUCAAGGGCGGCUAUCAGCCUGUGGGAAAAGUAGACAUCGCGGCUAUAAGGAGACAAGCCCGCGAGACCGGAAAUCUCCAGGAUGACCGUCCAGAGCCGGUCAAAGGCGCCUAUGAGCCCGUUGGAAAGGUUGACAUCGCUGCAAUUCGUUCCAAGGCGCAAACCCCGAAAGAACACACUGUGGCGUCCGAUAACAAAUUCACUACACCAUCGAAUCCCCCUAUUGUUACCCCCAAAGCACUCUCUGAACAAAAUUCUGAGAGGCUUACCAGCUUGCCGAAGCCCAAGGUUUCAAACAAAUUUGGGACCACACCAGCAUUUACCGGAACGAGGCCACCUCUUCCCAAUGAUUCCAUGUCAAAACCAACCUCGUCACCAUUGCAUGGAGCAAGCAGAACAUUUGCCGACCAAGGAGGGAAAACCCCCGCCCAACUCUGGGCAGAAAAGAAGGCCAGAGAGCGUGGCGAGGAUUCCGCCUACGAAACUCCUGUGAACAGAGAGACUGGUGGGAAUGAGGAAUGGAAAAGUUCCUCUAGCGUCAAGCCUUCUGAUGCUGUCCAGACAAUGCAUGCCGGACAGACCGUCGGCAAUAGUACCUCUCAUGAUGCUGCGGUGAACAGAGGCGACAGUUUUGAAACAGAACCUCGGUCUUUCCUGCAACAAGAAGAUACUACUGCUGCUGCUGCUGCUUCUCACGUCGAUACUGCCGUAGAGUCGGUGGAACAAGAUCCUAGCCCCGUUCAAGAGGCAAAGCGUCCCAUACCCGCUCCCGAACUGGUGUCCGAGCCUGUUCAGCAACAGGCACAUAAUCCCGACAAUGAUCAACUUGUUCCCGAGACACCUGAGCAAGCCAGUCCCCGCAGCCCAUCCCCUCCGGCACGCGAAGCCUCGCCCAUUCGUGUUGCUAUGCCAGUUAGCAGAGAAGCGACCGAACCCCAGGCCGAACAAGGUGUCAAUUCUUCCGUCAGUCAACCAGACGAGAUACAGCAUACCACCUCGAAUCAAUAUGCUCCUGAGGAUGAUUUGCAAGAUGUCGCCCAGGGAAGAAGCCAAGCACCUCCGGAGAACCUUCAUCACAAAGAAGGCAUCCAGGCCAUUGCCCAGUACGAUUAUGACAAGGCAGAGGAUAAUGAGCUUGAACUUCGCGAGGGAGAACACGUUGUAGAUAUCGACAUGGUUGAUAAGGACUGGUGGCUGGGGUCUAAUGUCCGCGGCGAAAGAGGUCUUUUCCCAAGCAAUUACGUCGAAAUUGUUGAGCAUGGCCAGCAGAGCGACAACCCAUCGGAUGUCCAAGACAUACAUGGUGCAGAUAAGUCGGUCUCAAAUACUGAUUCGACUGCGGCCGUGCCUUCCGUGGCCCAUUCAACUCUUGCACCGAGUGCAGUGGCAUUGUAUGAUUAUGAGGCUGCAGAGGACAACGAACUUAGUUUCCCUGAAGGCGCUCAAAUUACCAACAUUGAAUUCCCGGAUGACGAUUGGUGGUUUGGUGAGUUCCACGGCAAAAAGGGACUUUUCCCUGCCAAUUACGUUCAAAUUGCGAAAUGA